ACUUACGUUCUUUCAAAAGUUGACAUUAUAAAAGAAGAAGAAUCAUUUUACCUGGAUCAUAUCACAAAUAGGGUUAAAGAAAAUUGAGCUCCUCAAAUAUUAUUUAGUUAAUUAGCUAGAUUCAAAAAUCAAAUUAUUUGAGCGAGUCAAAGGAAAAUGUCUUUAACUUUUGAUAAGGGGCUUCAGAAUAUUGUCAUGCAACUGAAGGUGCCGCCGAAGGAUCAUAAGGACUUCCUCUAUGAUUCUGCCUUUAUCGCUGGCUGGAUAAACACGGUACUCAAGGAGCGUCGAUCAAUGCUCGCUGGCAGCUUCAGCAAUUUGCCGGCAACUGCCACCUAUAUAAGCGGCAAUAGCAUCGAUGUGCCGGCCAACUUUAACUGUUAUCUGCUGCUGGAUCUACGAUUUCCGUUCUACACUGACAUCAAACGUGACGACUAUAUCUAUUUGCACUCGGUGUUCAAGGAGCAGAUAGUAGGAGAUUCGUUGAUAUCCUCAGUCUAUUUACAAACUCAUUUACGCAAUGAUUUGAACGGGUUGCUGAAGUCACAGCCAACGGUUACGUGUAAAGGGGGCACAGGACGCAGCUACCAACUGUGCUAUCAUACAACUAAAUAUCCAGUCAGUGCCCAUACCAUCAUCGCCACCCAGCUGAAGGCGAAGUGCAGUACGCGCAUUGUGUUUGAGUUUCUUAUAGCUAUCAAGUUGCCUAUAGAAAAGUAUCCCAGACCGGGAUGUGUGCCACUGCCCGAAUCUAUGGUCAAUACGAAGCUGAACUAUUGGGUGGCCUUGCCAGUGCCGCACUUCGAUGUAAACUUCAAUGGCCAUAGCUAUUUGGGCAGAAGCCACGUCUGGCAGAAGGCGACUCCAGGGCAACGUCAACGGUGGUGUCUGGUAGUGCGAAUGUUCUACAUGAUGAGCAGUUCCAAUGGCACUCUAAACACCAUCGGGAUUCAUGCCCUGAAGCACACUUGCGUUAAUCUCUGCGAGAAAUUUGGUAUUGAGAAGGCAGAUCGGCCACUUGGGCUAAAGCUAAUGGAUAUGAUGAUUACUCACGGCACUCGCAAGCUGCGAGAAGUGUCUAAUGCCAGCAGGAACGGGCAAAUUGUGAACCUCGAAGUACAUCCCGCUCUACCCUCCGACUGUUCCAAAACGGAUGCAAUGCUUUCGAAAAUCAAGGCAAAGAUGACCAGUAAAGAUAGUUGCGAUAUGGAAAAUCUACGACUUCUAUUCGGGUUAUCAAAGUCGAACAAAAUGUAGAAAAAAGUAGCCAAAUUGGUUUGGAUACACCCCAACAUUUCUGGAAAUGAUGUAUCAUUAAAAAGUAGAAAACAAUUGUUAUAUGUUGCCAUCAAAGAUUUUGGGUUACCUU